CCGACAUUCAACGACCACUAAUACAUAAUCUCGAGUAACAUUCCUCACGACACAUUCAAGAUGAGCGUCACUCCCUACCAUCUCUAUCCAGAAGACCAGAAUGGCUUCCACCUCUACCGCUAUUGAGCAGAAGAGCAAUCUCUACAACCGCAAGCCAUCCGCAGUCUCAAACAGAAUGGCCAAGGAUUCUCGCAGCUUCUCCGAGGGCUCUCCCUCUAAGAACCCUGAUGUUGAGGUUAACGGAGCUUCUCCCACUGUUUCACCUACCACUUCUCGCCGCCCCAGCUAUGUUCCUCGCAACGCUGCUUCUAGCUUCCUUCGCACCACUACUCCUUUGAGUUCUGACGAGAAGGCUGAGGUCUCCCGCAGAUCCAGCGUAGCUGACCAGCCUCUCCCUGCCUCCAACAUCUCUAUCAGAGCCAAGUCUAUUGCUUCUCCCAGAACCAACAAGCCUGCUCCUCUCCUUUUCACCACCCCUGCCCUCAGCGGCCUUCACAGCAUGGAGGGUGUCUGCGAGAUUGACGACUCCGCCAGCCUCAUCUCUCCUCGUGGCGGUACCUUCUCUCAUGACUCUGCUCCUCACUCACCAGCCGACACCAUCAUGGAAGAAUCAAUUUCUUAUGUUCAACAUUCCUCAUGGAAGGCAAGGGUGCUUCGCACAAGGACAAGAAUGUUCAUCAUGAAGUGGCGUUUAUCAUUUCCAAAGAUCAAUCUUUUAAUCAUUGUAUCUACCAAUUUCUCCAUCUACCUGUAAACAAGAAGCAUUUCAAACAAGCCUCUCGCACAUAAACAUCACUGUGAUAUCUCCAUCUCCAUGCUCUCUUCACAUCAUUCGUCAUUGUUGUCCCCAAGCCACGCACACCAAAUUUCCCUCCCCUCAGCUCUGUUGUUGUGGGAAAUAAACAUUCCACAGCUGAACAUCCGUCAAAACGUUUUCUCUCACAUCAGAAUUUGAGAUUCCGACGUGCGCAAGCGCCUCUUUCAUCAUGCACCGUUGGGCGAAAAAAUCGCACGUCAGCAGACCACAUGGCAGAACGAUACGCGUUUGGCAAAUCGAUUUAGCCUUUUGCACAAUGACCAUUGUUGUC